AUGGACUGGAGCACCAAGGCGAUGCUGCAGGAGACCUUACGGUGCCUGCAAAAGACGGAGACGGACCUCGGGGUGAACCUCGACACCGUGCGCAAGCACGUGAGCGCGGCGAUAAUGGAGUUUGACAAAACCGUGGGAAGGUGCGAGCGGUGCAGAGGGCGGGGGGUGUGCAGGUGUGUUCUGUGCGGCGGCGUCGGAGAGCUGCAGUACCCCAAGCACCAGAAGUGCACCAGAUGCCUGGGGACCGCGCUGGAGCAGUGCGCGGAGUGCUGCGGAUACGGAAUAUCGUGA